UUCUAUUCUCAACUGGAAUAUUACCAAUUCAAGUUCAGGGUCCGCCUCGACAUUGGAUGACAAUUAAUUACCUUGGUCGUGAUGAUACGUCUGACGUCUCGAAUUCAAUACUUAAACGUCAACGCAUCCAGAUUAUUCCAGCACCAACAGCAACAAAGAUUCUUUCGACUCUCACGUGCAUUUAGACAUACUCCAACACACGACUUCAACGUCAUACAUCUUCAACCUCGUAUUGCGACAUCAUCAAUCAAAAGACCCAAACUCACAACCUCUCUCACUCUACCAGCACAGAAACACAACCUCAGCACACAACCAGAAACGUCCAACUCAGCAGAAAUGUCGUCCAAACUCAUCCCUUCAGACCCUGAUCAUGUCAUGGUCAUUCGCAAUGUCACCCCCAACAUUGCCACCUUCUCAGUCCCCUUUUCACGAUUCGGAAAAGUCAAGAUUGGUGGCCGAGGUACUCUAGUCAAGCUCACUUCAGGAGGCCUGGCCAUCUUCUCACCAGUCGCACUCACCAAAGCCACCCAAGCUAAAGUCAUGGAGAUGGGAGGCGAUGUCCGCUAUAUCGUUGCUCUUGACUAUGAGCACCACAUCUUCAUUUCUGAGUGGAAAAAGGAGUAUCCCUCGGCCAAGAUCAUCGGCCCAGAGGGUCUGCCAGAAAAGCGCGCUAAGCAGACCGAUGAUCCCAAGAUCAACGACGAUGAGUUUGCUGUUGUCUUCAAGAAGGAAAACAAGCGGGAAAUCAAGAUUGACCCCGACUUCGAUGCCGAUUUCGACUAUGAAUACGUCGACGGCCACGCCAACCUUGAGAUUGUCUUCUUUUACAAGCCUGAGCAAGUCCUGAUCCAGGCCGAUCUUCUCUUCAACCUACCCCCCACCGAGCAGUACAGCAAAGUGCCCGAAUCAGAAUUGCCCGCAGAUGGAGCUGUUGGCAAGCUCUUCGCUUGUGUUCAGAACCCCCGUGGCGAUACCAAGUGGUUACAGAGAUUCAACUGGUAUCUCCUCGCCAAGAACCGUGAGAGUUUCAACGACAGCAUGGCACAGAUCGCCAAGUGGGACUUUCAUACCAUGAUUCCUUGCCAUGGAGAUGUUUUGGAGGGAGAUGGAAAGGAAGUGUUUAUGAAGGUGUUUGACUGGCAUCUCCAGGGACACAAAUAGACGUAAAGGAUGAUGAGAUGAUGAUGAUGUACGAGCAGAGCAUAGAGGAGGAGUUGGGGAGUGAAGUACAAAUAUUUGUAGUAAUUUGUAAUAAUACUGUACAUGUAUCUGAGAAAUUAUUUGUUCAAUAGGCCGACCAGUCUGAUAGUCUUCCGAUAAUGCAACACUAUGUAAUUUCAGG